UGCCCACCCCCCCCCUUCCCCCGUUCGAACAGGGCCAUGGCGCCCGCCCCGAUAGUUGGCUCGCUCAUGGUGGCUGUGGUGGGCAUGCUGGCAAUGGCGUGCAUGGUUGAUGGCGCAGGCUUCAGUAUUGCGCAGGUGGCAUCGGUGCCUAUGCCGGAUUGGAUCGGCAAUGAUCCUGCUCUUGGCCAGAACAUUCUACCUGGCAUGCUCGCUGCCGACGGCGGCCUGCUGGCCAUCGCCAUGGAAGAGUACGGCGUGUACACAGUGCUGCUGCCGACAAUUGCGGAGACGCGUCAAUUGGCCGUCAGCGAGCCAGCAAGCUACAAGCUCGACAUUGCGUUUGCCAUCUACGACGAUGCGCUUGUCCCGCCGCUGGACGAGUUCACCAAAGCAGUGGUGUGCGAUGGCCGGCGGAUGAUUCUCUCUUCGUUGGGCCAUGCGGACCACAACGGCGGGGUUGCUAUUGUCGACAUUGCAUACGGUGAGACGGCCGAAUCAGUGACCGCGACCGGAGUGUACGUCGAGACUCCGCAGGACCGGCUGUGGGGACAGAGCUGGGGCACGGCCCUCGCCGCCAACCGCAGCUGCCUCGAGUUUGUGGUGACGAUCAACAAUGACACACAUGCCGCCAUGGACUUUGACGUCAUGGCCAUUCAAGGCAGCCCGCCGACCGCGACGCGGAUCGAUGUCGUGCCUCAGCCAGUCAACGAGACCGGAACCUUUGCGUGCUUUGUGGGCAACAGAAUGGUUUCGAUUGGUGAAGCUCCCGACGCCGCAUCGCCUGAUGGCUCCAAUGUCAUGGUCAUGGAGCGCGUCGGCGGAAGCGGCGCGUGGACGACAAGCGUUCUUGCUGCCAACAUCUACGACUCGGCAGACUACAUGCCGACGGUCUGUGGCGACGACUUUUUCGCCUACAUCACGCGGUUCUCCGCGGCUGACGGCGGUGUCCUCGUCAUCCACGAUUGGCACAAUGACCAGCGCGGCGCAAUGGUAGCGCACAUCGAGGUCGCUGGCUUUUACUGCCCAUUUGCAUUGGCCGCCGGCGAUGGCAUGCUUUUGCUUUCGUGUCCGCUGGCGAGCCCGAGCGAGCUUUCCGCAAACGUGUUUCUUGCUUUUGAGCGGGACGCCAGUGGCGCUUGGGUCAACGCCACAGAGAGCCUUCCAGCGGGGCUACUCUCGUUUGAGCCAGAAAUCCCUGUCGGCAUCGCCUCGGGUCUUGUGGCACCGGCACAGGUUGUCUCCAUGUCGUCCGAAGGUCGACUUGUCUACGUCAACGUGGUCAACAUUUCCAACGCCGACAACUAUGCCCACUACGACUUUGUCGUGGCUGAUGUCUGCUUUGGCGGAUGCUCCGAGGACACGGGACACGGCCGCUGCGUCGGCCCGAAUCUGUGCCAGUGUGAACUAGGAUGGCAGCUGCCUGACUGCUCGAUGACGACAACCGCAAGAGGAACCCAGGAAUCGGCAGCGGCGGCAAAGGCCAGCGUUGCCGCGUCGCCGGCUGUGCUGUCUGCCUAUGUAUGGGUGGCGGCGGGGCUGCUGCUUGCCAUUGUGACAUGCGUGCAACGGGCGCGCAGCUCGACGUCGCGGUCGCCGUUCUACGUCCGUGUGCGGUACUUGACCAAGCUGGUGCGCGACCACUCUGUGUGCGGCAUCUUUGUGCAUGAAGCCGGUGAUCCGUUCUCGCGUGCAGCACGGGUUGUUACCCUCAUCCACACGCUCUCGAUCAUGUACAUGACGUCGCAGAUUGUGGUGUACCUCAACAACGAGCACCUCCACUACACGUCAUCGACCAGCGAUCGUGUGCAGGAAGCUGCACUUGCGGCGGCGCUGUCGACGACGCUGUCUGCGGUGAUGGGCGUGACGCUGGUCUCAUGGGGCAUGCGCCGCGAGUGGGGUGACCCUCUGCAGACGGCGCUGGGGCAUGAGAGCGGCGAGCUGAGUCCGCCGCCCCGGCACCCGAAAUCGACCGCAUUCUUUGUUGGCGGGUGCGUGGUGAGCGUGCUGACCAUCGGUGCCAACGUGGCGCUGGUCCUUUUUGUGCAAGCGUCGGGGACAGCGAUGUACUCGCUCGUGUCGUUUGGCUCCUCGGCUGCUGUUUCGCUCUUUCUUGUCGAGCCGCUCCUUGUCUUUCUCAAGCACCAAGUCUGGAAUCAGGACACGGUGUGGUCGCUGCGCGGCGCGGCCGCGUUUAGCGGAGCGCGCGUCGGCACAGCGCUGCAGCCGAUGUCAGCGCGUGGCGCUCGCGGGGUUCGCGAGCAGCCAGUCCUCACCGGGCGGCUUGCCAACGUGGUGGUCGCCGAAGCCAAUUGGGAGUCUUCGUCGCGGCUCCGGAUCCGUGCGCCGUCCGAGGUCUUUUCCGCCGUUGCCGUCGGCGACUAUGUGGCCGUGGCAGGGCUCCUUGUCAAGGUGCUUGAGCGUCGGUCAUCGAUUGAGGUCGACGUCGAUAUCACGCCUGCCAUCCAGUCUGGCUCGUCACUCUCGUUUACCGACGUUGCCUUUGAGGUCAACAUCGAGCUGCCGUCUGGGCAGGUGAGUUUGGGCGGCAAGGCGACGCCGCGUUUGCCGUAGUCUCGGGCGACAGUCUCAUGGCGCGGCCACGACGGGCGGCGGCGGCGACGACGGCUCAACGCUGGGAGAAAGAACCGGCUCGGCCGUGUCAGAAGCGUGGAGCUUCGUAAAGUGUGCAUACUCGA